AUGAAGUCCCUCGACUUCCGCGUCCGCAAACUCCACGUCAACACAGACGCCGACCGCCGCCUCUCCAAACGCCAGCCCUCCCGCAUUUACGUCAACGAAGAAGCCCUUAUCGAACUAACCGGCAGCAAAGAUGGCGGCCGUCCGGUCUGCGUUGAACGUGUUUCGUCCAACCCCGAGGAGCCCCCCUCCCGGCACGAAGCCACCCUCUGGAAGGCCCCCGAACGCUUGGACAAGACCGCCACGCAAAUGUACGAUGCCUUCCGUGAUGCAUGCGGCUUCAAGAUAGGCGAGACUGUGCGCAUCACGUCAAUUGGUGGGACGCUGCCAGAUGCGGAGCAGGUUGUGUUGGAGCAGUUGCCGGGACAGGAUGGAACUGAGCCGGAGUCAUUGGCGCCGGAUGAGAUUCCGGGAUGGGAGUUUUUCUUGGCGGGGAGGUUGAGCCAGGUUGAGCAUGUGUAUGCGGGUUUGGUGUUCAAGAACUUAUUUUUGAGGGGCCCGGAGAGGUCGUGGGUUGUGGCGAGCGUUAAUGGGAGGGCGACGGGGAAUGCGAGGUAUUUGGAUAAGAAGACUGUUGUGAGGGUUGCGACGAGCGGGCCCGGAGCUGUUCAGAGCACGGGAAUGGCUGGUGGGAAGUUGGAGGUGACAGGUAUUAGGGGGUUGGAUGAGCCGAUUAGCAGGUUGAAUGACCUGCUGGCCUGCUUUACGGAUGGAUUCCAGGUUGGCAGGAAGCCAGCUUACCGGGGGAUUGUGAUCCAUGGUGGGCAUGGCACCGGUAAGACGAUGCUGCUGGACCAGAUAGCUGCUACGGGCUGGGGUACAGUCUUCCGCAUUCACUUCAAGGACAAGCUGGCCGACAUCCAGGAGACCUUCCAGCGUGCCCAGAUGCAGCAGCCUAGCAUCGUACUGCUGGAUCAGCUGGAGAGGUUGAUCGACAAGGACAGGAACAACCGGGCCGCCGUGAUCCUCGCCCUCUGUGAAGCCCUGGACUCCCUGUCUGCGCAUGCUGCCACAACGGGAGAGCUGCCCCAAGUCGUGGUUAUCGCCACCUGUCUAGACUACACGACCGACGUGCCCGAAGAACUAAAGGACCCAGGUCGCUUCACCUGCGAGAUCUACCUUCCCCUGCCAGACGUCGAGGGCAGGAAGGAAAUUCUCGCAUCACUCGGCCUGGCCGUGCACCCAGACCACGAGCAGGAACUUCUCCGUCACCUGAGCGAGCGCACACACGCCUACAAUGGCAAAGACCUGUGUCGCCUGGUCCACGAGGCUGAGCUAAUCGGCCGUGUGCGUUACCGCAAAGAGCUCAAAUCAUCCAGCUCGACACCAAAUCGCCUGCUCACUCCUCCCCCAGGCGAAGGCGAAGAAGACGAGCCCGCCCCAGCAAUCUCAUCUCCCGCCGCAACCAAACCUCUCUACCUCCUCCCCUCCGACUACCACACCGCCCUGCGCUUGAUCCGCCCCUCUGCCAUGCACGACAUCAACCUCAAACCGCCACCCAUCCGCUGGGACGACAUUGGCGGGCAAGAAACGGUCAAAACCUCCCUGCGUCGCGCAGUCCGCUUAUCCACAGAACCGCCCGAGGUCCUUUCCCGCUACUUCGACCGCCCACCAAAGGGAUUCUUGCUCUACGGCCCGCCGGGCUGUUCCAAGACCAUGGCCGCGCAGGCGAUGGCGACGGAGUCGGGGUUGAACUUUUUUGCUGUGAAGGGGGCCGAACUACUCAACAUGUAUGUGGGUGAGUCGGAGAGGGCGGUAAGACGGUUGUUCCGCAGGGCGAGAGAGGUCGCGCCGAGUAUGAUUUUUUUUGAUGAGAUCGACAGCAUAGCCGGCCAGAGGGCUGGGUUUGGACAUGGAGGGGGCCAUUCCAGUAGUUCUUCUUCAGGGGGCAGCCAUCAUGGGGUGAAUGUGUUGACCACGUUAUUGAAUGAGAUGGAUGGGUUUGAGACGCUACAUGGGGUGGUCGUUCUUGCAGCUACCAACCGGCCUCAGGCAUUGGAUCCAGCGCUGCUCCGUCCGGGGCGCUUCGACGAGCUGAUAUAUGUCUCUCCUCCUGACGAGGCAGCAAGGAAGGCCAUCUUCCAGAAAGUCGCUGCUGCGAGGAAGAGCUGGCAUCCAGAUGUGGAUAUCGACAAGUUGGCCAGGGAAACGGAGGGGUAUUCGGGCGCCGAGAUCAAGGGUAUUUGCGCAGCGGCGGGUGUGGCGGCGUAUGAUCGGUAUAUUGCGGGUGGCGAGCCGCUGGUGACGAUGGAGGAUCUGGAAAGGGCAGUGAGGAACCAGAAGAGGCAGAUUACGAAGGAGAUGAUAAGGGGAUUCGAGGAGUGGGAGAAGCAGUUUAGGAAGUUUUAA